AUGGCUGACAAGAAAAAUCCACAACUCUCACAGGACGACCUCCUGGCUCAAAUCGCCGAGCUUCAGGCAGAGGUACGAAGAAUAGCCGAGCUCUCAACACAGAACAAUGGAGAGAACUCCAAAGGCUCGGCUCAAAGUGCUGCGGACCCUUUAAACAUCGUCCCGCCAAAGGAAAAGCUCACCCUCGACAACCCUUUCUCCGAGGAGAUCACAAAUUACCAGAUGCCAAAAAACUUUACGUUGCCCACCGCGCUGGAGCCAUACAAGGGGUUCGGCGACCCCCGAGCCCAUGUGAAGAAGUUCCAAUUGAUGAUGUUCUUCAACGGCCCUAACAAUGAGCCCGUCCUCUGCCGAGCAUUCCCUACAUACCUAUAUGGCGCUGCGUUACUCUGGUUUUCUAAACUUUCUGCAGGUUCGAUUUCCUCCUUUGAAGACCUCGCCAGAUCAUUCAUUGAUUAUUUUGCUGCAUCAAGAAUCUACGUACAUGGUUCGGACUACCUCGGCACCAUCAAACAAGGUCAGCACGAGAGUCUGAAAGACUAUAUGACCAGAUUCGUUGACGCCACUAUGGAGAUCCAAGACUUGGACCCGGCCGUUCACCUGCACGCUCUCAAAGCCGGCCUCAGGCCUGGCAAAUUUCGGGAGACCAUUGCCAUAACAAAACCAAAGACGCUAGAGGAAUUCCGAGAAAGGGCGGCUGGGCAAAUGGAGAUUGAAGAACUCCGAGAAGCCCAGAAAUCAGACAAACAACCACAUCGGAGAGAUGAGGAAAGGACUUUCAGAUCACCAGGCAACAGGGACACCAAGAAACCUCCUAAGCCCGCGUCAAAGUACAACACAUACACCAGAUUCAACACCAGAAGAGAGAACAUCAUCAGAGAAAUCCUCAACGCCAAAAUCAUAAAGCCACCAGCCCGAGCAGGGAACUACCAGGAUCAACGAUUCGUAGAUAAGACAAAGCAUUGUGCCUUCCACCGGAAGUUCGAUCAUACUACAGAUGACUGCAUCGUUGCGAAGGACCUCCUGGAAAGGCUAGCACGCCAAGGGCUCCUGGACAAAUACAUCGAGACCCAAAAAGGCAGAGGAGGAAACUCGGACAGAGUAGAGCAUAAGCAAGCAAUGGCCGACGACAAAAAAGAAAGGACGACUCCUGAUCCACCAAGAAGAGUCAUCAACCACAUAUCAGGGGGAUUUGCAGGCGGAGGAGAAACAAGCUCGGCCAGGAAGCGAAGCUACAGAGCGAUGCUAGCAAUCGAGGGAACCAUACAACCAAGGAAGGACAAAGAACCAGACGUCACAAUAUCCUUCAACCAAACAGACUUCAAAUCGGCAAGCCCUAACCUCGACGACCCCGUGGUAAUUUCCAUCCAGGUCGGAGAGCUGUUGGUAAGAAAAACAUUGUUAGAUCCAGGUAGUAGUGCUGACGUUUUAUUUUACUCUACUUUUACAAAAAUGAAAUUAUCAGAAAAAUUGAUACAACCUUCCUCUGGAGAGCUAAUUGGGUUCUCCGGAGAGAGAGUCCCCAUCAUGGGACACAUAUGGCUAAAGACCACAAUGGGAGAGAUCCCUAUGUCAAAAUCAAUUGAUAUUCAAUAUCUAAUAGUAAACUGUUAUAGCCCUUAUAAUAUUAUACUUGGGAGACCCGCACUGAACAUAUUCAGGGCAGUGGUAUCCACAUUACAUCUGUGUGUCAAGUUUCCAGUACAGGAAAACAAGAUCGCUACGGUGUACGCCGACCAUCAAGAAGCUCGGCAGUGUUACAACGCUGGCCUAAAACCAGUCCAAACAAAACAGGAAGCUCGGCCCCAGGUUCAAGCAAUCCACACGACGGCCAACUCAGCAACACUAGCCGAUCUAGACCCAAGGGAAGACCUCGGCGAAAGACCUCGACCAAUGGACAAUCUUCAACAAGUAACACUAACAGCAGACGACAAACAAUGCACAUAUGUCGGAGAGGCAUUAGAGGGGGCAGACCGAGCAAGACUCAUUCACAUACUACGUCAAAACGCCGACCUUUUUGCAUGGACACCAGAUGACAUGCCCGGAAUCAACCCAGAAGUCAUCUACCACAAGCUAGCAAUCGACAAAACAAUCCGACCAGUUGCACAGAAGAAAAGAAACCUCGGAGAAGAGAAAAAACAAGUAGCACUCGAAGAAACCCAGAAGCUCCUCAAUGCAGGUUUCAUCAGAGAGAUUCGCUUCACCACGUGGCUGUCCAACGUGGUAAUGGUAAGGAAGAGCUCAGGUAAAUGGCGCAUGUGCGUCGACUUUACAAACUUAAAUAAAGCUUACCCUAAAGAUGCAUAUCCACUGCCUUGCAUUGAUAAAUUAGUUGAUAACGCCUCUGGUUUCAAAGCUUUGAGUUUUAUGGAUGCAUACUCUGGCUAUAACCAGAUUCUAAUGCACCCAGAAGACCAAAGCAAAACAGCUUUUAUAGCAGAACAUGGAAAUUUUUGUUACAAGGUAAUGCCCUUUGGCCUAAAGAAUGCAGGUGCGACAUAUCAAAGGCUAAUGGACAAGGUAUUCCAACAACAGAUAGGCCGCAAUAUGGAGGUCUAUGUAGGUGACAUGGUAGCAAAAACACCUAUGCAGGGGUCACACUGUGACGACUUAGUAGAAAUCUUCAGACAACUCCGAGCAUAUAACAUGAGACUCAAUCCAGACAAAUGUGCGUUCGGAGUACAAGGAGGGAAGUUCCUGGGAUUCAUGUUAACAUCUCGAGGCAUCGAGGCCAACCCAGAAAAGUGCAAGGCCGUGCUGAACAUGACAAGCCCAAAAACGACAUUCUUUAAAGGCAGGAAGUUCAACUGGACAGACGAAUGCGAAAAUGCUUUUACCGAACUUAAACAACACUUAACAUCACCUCCAAUCCUCCAAAAACCAGAGACAGGUAACCCACUGUAUUUAUACCUAUCAGUAUCUAACCAUGCUAUAAGCUCGGUUUUAGUAACAGAAACAGGAAGAAAGCAAAGCCCAGUAUACUUCAUCAGUAGGGUGCUACAACCAACAGAAACAAGGUACCCGAAGAUAGAACAACUGGCGCUAGCACUAAUCACCAUAGCAAGAAGACUGCGGCACUAUUUUCAGAGCCACACAAUCAUAGUACGAACAGACCAACCGCUAAGGCAGAUAUUAACCAGACCCGAGCUCGCCGGCAGAUUGAUAAAGUGGUCGGUCGAGCUCUCCGAGUUCGACAUCCAGUACGAAUCAAGGAAAACACUGAAGUCACAGGUGCUAGCCGACUUUAUAUCGGAGAUGACUAACGACACACAAUAUAGAGGCAGUGGGGCAGGGAUACUACUAAAAGAAGGAGACAAAGUGGUGGCCGAGCAGUCACUACAGUUCUGCUUCAACGCAAGCAACAAUCAGGCAGAAUAUGAGGCCCUACUUGCUGGACUAAAGCUCGCCAUACAACUACAAAUACCUCGAAUAAUAGCCUACUGCGACUCUUCAUUAGUGGUACAUCAAAUAAAGGGCGAAUUUCAGGUAAAAGAUCCUUUGUUAGAGAAAUAUUGGCUCAUAACAAAGGAUCUAAUUUCAAAAUUUAAAGAAUUUGAUAUUAUCCAUGUAAACCGAGAACAAAACACCAGGGCCGAUGUGUUAUCUAAGUUAGCCACAACUCGGCAAGCCGAAAACACAUCGGCACUAUCCCAGCUAACACUUGACAAACCAAGUUUUGAGCAAAAUACGAUUUUGAGUAUUACACAGGUCCCAGAUUGGCGAACACCUUUUCUCGAUUACAUCAAUACAGGCACCAUUCCAAAUGAUGAGCCAAACUUGCCGCUCUUCCGAAGAAGAGCAAGUUUUUACACAGUGCUCGGAAACACCCUAUACAGGCGAGGACAUUCACAAUCAUUAGUCAAGUGCAUCAGCAAUAAGGAGGCCGAGGAAGUCAUGGCUAAAACGCAUGAAGGAGUCUGUGGUAACCAUAUUGGCGGCCGAGCAUUAGCAGCAAAGAUCCUGCGAACAGGAUACUAUUGGCCGACGAUAAAGCGGGACUGCAUCACAAAGGUCAAAGCAUGCGAUAAUUGUCAAAAGCACGCCACUCUCUCAAAGACCCCGGCCGAGGAGCUCCAUACCAUAGAGGUAAGCUGGCCUUUCGAUAGGUGGGGAUUGGACAUCCUCGGACCUUUUCCGAAAGCGCCAGGCCAGGUAAAGUUUCUCCUAGUGUCAAUAGACUAUUUCUCUAAGUGGAUAGAAGCACAGCCACUAGCGCACAUAACAGCAGAAAAAGUGCGAUCUUUUCUAUGGAAAAAUAUCAUAUGUAGAUACGGUAUCCCACGAGAGAUAAUCUCGGAUAAUGGGAGACAAUUUACAGAUCAUAAGCUCGCCACCUUUCUUACAAAUUUUAACAUCAAACAUCACUUUAGCUCCGUAGAACACCCGCAGACUAACGGACAAGUUGAAUCAGCUAACAGAAUUAUCUUGCAGGGAUUAAAGAAAAAGCUCGGCGAUGCUAAAGGAGAGUGGGCCGACCUCAUUCUAGAAAUUCUAUGGAGUUACAACACCAGCAUUCAAUCUGCCACAGGGGAAACUCCCUUCAAAUUGGUAUAUGGCGCAGAAGCGCUCAUCCCAGUAGAGGUCAGCGUCCCAACGUUAAGGACCGAGCUCUAUAAUCAACCAAACAAUCAACAAGCUCGGUUAGCCGAAUUGGACCUCGUAGAAGAAGACAGAGACAUCUCCACCAUAAAGCAGCGAGCCAGAAAACGAUAUCUAGAGCAAAGACACCACAAAAGAGUAGUUCACAGGUCUUUCAACAAUGGAGACCUCGUACUCAGACGAAUAGAAGAUGCUCAGAAACCACCAGCACAUGGCAAAUUAGCGGCAAAUUGGGAAGGCCCUUUCCGAGUUCUCCAAAAUCUCGGAAAAGGGGCUUACAAACUAGAAAUCCUUAGAAGAGAACAGCUACCAGGAACAUGGAACAUAUCCUCUCUAAGGAAAUAUCAGUCAUAA